GCUCCAGACUAUCUCCCUAGUCUUCUGGCGCACCUGCCUGACCUGAGCCGGCUGGACGGCGAGGAUCUGGACGGGGCUGCCAACCCCGAGCCAGAGAAGAAGAUCGAGAUCGAGCCGAUUCCGUCCGGCUCCUCUGCCCUGGCCUCCUACUGGAUGAGGAAGAAUCUCCACGACGGCGUCGCAGCGGAUAUCAAGGACUGCAUCGACGCCUACUCGGUGGAAGCCCUUGAGAAUUCCCAGGACUUCAGCCACAAGGUGCAAGAGGCCACUGCGCGAAGCCGAGCGCGACAACAAGAGGCCAAAGGCAAAAAGACCGUCCAAAGCUCGUGA